AUGGAAGUGAAGAACUUUGAAGCUUGGGAUUAUGUUGUGUUUGCAGGCCUCUUUGUCAUUUCCUCUGGAAUUGGUGUGUUUUUUGCCAUAAAGGAGAGAAAAAAAGCAACAUCUCGGGAAUUCUUGGUCGGCGGGAGGCAAAUGAGCUUUGGCCCAGUAGCUUUGUCUCUGACAGCCAGCUUCAUGUCAGCUGUCACUGUCCUGGGGACUCCUGCUGAAGUCUACCGCUUUGGGGCAUCCUUCCUCCUUUUCAUCAUUUCAUACGCAUUUGUGGUCCUCUUCACAUCUGAACUCUUUCUUCCUGUGUUCUACAGAUCUGGCAUCACAAGCACCUAUGAGUACUUACAGUUACGAUUCAACAAGAUAGUUCGCUAUGCAGCAACGGUCAUCUACAUUGUGCAGACGAUUCUCUACACUGGAGUUGUGGUUUAUGCCCCUGCUCUGGCUCUCAAUCAAGUAACUGGGUUUGAUCUCUGGGGCUCCGUGUUUGCAACAGGAAUUGUUUGCACAUUCUACUGCAGUUUGGGAGGUUUAAAAGCAGUGGUGUGGACAGAUGCGUUUCAGAUGGUUGUCAUGAUUGUGGGCUUCUUAACAGUUCUCAUUCAAGGAUCGAAUCACGCUGGUGGGUUCCACAAUGUGUUAGAGCAUUCACGAAAUGGAUCCCGGCUAAACGUAGUUGACUUCGAUGUAGACCCCCUCAGACGGCACACUUUUUGGACAAUUACAGUAGGAGGAACUUUUACUUGGCUUGGAAUCUAUGGAGUUAACCAAUCGACCAUCCAGAGAUGCAUCUCUUGCAAGACAGAAAAGCAUGCUAAGCUUGCCUUGUACUUUAACUUGUUGGGUCUCUGGAUGAUUGCGGUGUGUGCUGUCUUCUGUGGUUUGAUCAUGUACUCGAACUUCAAAGACUGUGACCCUUGGACAUCUGGUGCUAUUUCAGCACCAGACCAGUUGAUGCCGUACUUUGUCAUGAAGAUUUUUGACACUAUGCCAGGGCUGCCAGGACUUUUUGUGGCUUGUGCCUUUAGUGGAACUCUGAGCACAGUGGCCGCUAGCAUCAAUGCCUUAGCAACAGUGACCUUUGAGGAUUUUGUCAAGAGCUGUUUUCCACAUCUCUCCGACAAGAAGAGCACCUGGAUCAGUAAAGGCUUAUGUCUCUUGUUUGGUAUCUUGUGUACCUCCAUGGCUGUGGUUGCAUCCUUCAUGGGGAGUGUUGUGCAGGUACCAGGGAUUGUGCAUUACAUUACACCUUAUACCAAUAUUUUUGCAAAAAAGCUUUGUUUAAUUUCUUAUUAUGUUCUCUUUUUCUCCAAGGGUGCACUAGGAGGCCUCAUUGCUGGAAUCACAUUGUCAUUUUGGGUGGCCAUCGGGUCUUUUAUUUACCCUGCACCAGUGUCUAAGACAUUACCCUUACCUCUAUCAAUAGAACAGUGUGUCCAAACAAAUAUAACAGCAACAGUAGGUCCACAGCUUUCCAGCAGACCUGCCCUUGCUGACACAUGGUACUCACUCUCCUACCUUUACUUUAGUGCUGUGGGCUUUCUGGGAUGUGUAGCUGCUGGGCUAAUCAUCAGCUUCCUGACAGGCAAGCAAAGAGGCGAAGAUGUGGAUCCACUUUUAAUAAGACCAGUUUGCAAUCUAUUUUGCUUUUGGUCUAAGAAAUGCAAAACUCUGUGCUGGUGUGGAGUUCAGCAUGAGCAGAAAACAGAGCAGGAUUACCUUGACAGUGGCAAUGCCAGGAAACAGGGGGUUGAAUCUGCCCUACAGAAUGGACUCAAGCAAGAAAGCCUGGCCCAGAUUCCAGGCUACAACCCCGAGGACAAAAGCAACAGUGUGAAGGAGAAGACCACUCAUUUCUAA